AUGGGGGAUUCUUCAAGUUUAAGUUUGGAAUCAUAUCAAAAUGGUCCAAAUUCUUGUACGAUUCAAAUCAAUGUAUUGAUUCAAUUUACAAGUAAAUCAUCGAUUGAUUGGCAGACAGGUAUUAAAUCAAUCUAUGGAGGUGAUGUUAAACCAUUGAUUGAUGGAGGUGAAUUGGUAUCUUGGGACAAUAGUACCCUUGAACAAUUAUGGACCAUUCGCAACUACCAAGUACCAUUGUCAGGAUCACUACCAACUUCAAAAUACCAAAUUAAUUCAAAUAAUCAACCAAUUCAAUCAUUUACUUAUUAUUGUAAAAAAAUUACUUUACCUUUGAGUUUAAAUGAAUAUUUUAAUUUUCAAUAUAAUAUCGAUCAAAAUGAAAUACAAGUUUAUGUAAAUAUAAGUUAUCAGUCACCUGGAUUUGGUAGAAAUGAUUAUGUUGGUAACCAAUCAACUUGUUUAUUCCAACAAUUCAUUCCAUGUCAAUUACAUCCAGUUAUUAUUGAAAAAGGUCAAGUGCAAAGAGGGUUAUUUAAAUUAAUUGUACCUGUUGGAGACAAUAUGAUGGUUGGAGGAGUAUCCCUUACCGCCGAUAUAUUAAGGUUCACUCUAAGUGAUACCAUUUCAAACUUGACAAUUACACUACCAAAAUUAUUUUAUUCAAAUGAUAAUGGGAAUAUAAAUUGUAUUGGAUACAAUGAUACGAAUAGUAUGAAUGGUAUUAUAUCAAGUAGGAAUAAUCCAAAUAUAAUGUGUUUGAUCCAAAGAAAUCAAACAUCGAUCCUAUUACCAUCAUCUUCUUCAUCAGGUCAAACUAAUAAGGUUAAAAUGACUAGAGUUCAAGGAUCCCAAUUAAAUGGAUUCUAUUUAUUCGAUUCGAAAUUAUCAAAUGGUGUCACUAAUAUCACCAUUACAUCUUUAUUAACUUCAUCUAUUCCAAAUCAAUCUUUUUUAUUUAAAAAUAAUUUUAAUAAUCCUUUUAAUUUAAUUAUUACAAAGAAUCAGAGUAAUAUAGAUUGGAAUAAUACUAUGAUUACAAUUCAAAGUAAUCAAAAUUCAUUAUUUUUACCAUCAAGUUACAUUCAAGUGUUAACUGGUACUUCUGGUAACCAAUCACCAAGAUUAUCAUUACCAAUUAAUUAUCCAUUUGGAUUAAAAUCAAAAACAGAUUCAUCAAUUCAAUUGCCAUUACCAUUUGUUAAUUCAAAUGGUUAUAGAAUCAAUUAUAAUUCAUCAAUCUUGUCAUCAACAUCAUCAAAUCCAUUUUUAUUAUUUUCAUCUUCUUUAAAUAAUAAUCAAAAUCAAUUAGAAUAUGAUAAUUUAGCACCAAAAUUAAAUAAUAUAAUUGUAGAUUUAAUUGAUUAUAAUACAAUAUCAAUUAGAUUAUUUGUAUCUGAUGAUAUAUCUGGAGUUGAAAAGAUCAAUGUAAAUGAUUGGAAAGUAUUAACAUUGUCUGAUAUUAAAUUGGGGUCACCUAAAAGUGCAUUAUUCACUUCUAUUAUUAAUAUUGGUAACAAUAAUAAUAAUAAUAAUAACAAUCAACUACAAUCAACCAGCAGCAACAGAUUACCUAUUGGAUUUAUUGAAGUAUUUGAUAAAGCUGGUAAUUCAAAAAGAUACUUUGAAAAUGAUAUCAUUGGUACAAAGUUUAUUAAAAUACGUAGAUUAUUACCAAAUCAAUUACAAUUAGAGGAUUUAAAAUUAUUUGAAUUUAAACCAAGUUCUAUAGAUUCAAAUAAUUUAGAUAAUAGUGUUGAAUUAACAUUUGGAUUAAAGAAUGAUUCAAUGAUUGAUAAGAAUUGGAAACCAUGGAUUAAAUGUUCAUUUUCACCUUUUUCUAAACCGGUCCUAUUUCAAGGUGCUUGGGUUGAAUCACUUGGAUUGUAUAAAAUCAUCAUCGAUAUUCCUCGUGGUAUAUUAUCUGGUAAACUUGUAUACCAUUUCUUGUAUGAUUGGAUCGAUCAUGAUUUAAUUGAUUUAACAUUUGAAAAAUCUUUAACUAUUAUUAAUGAACAAGGAGAUAUAAUUGGACCAAUUGUACAUUUUAUGAAUAUUGCAAAUGAUAAUAACCAAAAAAUAAUAUUUAGUUUUACUAUUCAAGAUAUGUUUGGUAAUGGAUUCAUGUCAAAAAAGAAUGUAUCCGAUGGUAAUAGUUAUUAUGGUGGAUAUUUUGAAUUGGGUGUCAUGUCAACUCGUGAUCCUAUUCCAUUUAAUUUUACUUUGUAUUCAGUACCUGCUAGUCAAAUUAUAAAUAGUGCCAAUUCGACAAUGGUCAAUAUCAACUGUACCAUUUUAUAUAACAACUCUGCAAGUACACCAACAACAUGCCAGCCACAAACCUACCAAGUAUCAUAUCUAAAACUAUGUGAUGAUGGAAAUAAUUGUAACACCUUUGAUCUGUAUGGAGAUUCAUACCCUUACAAUCCAUUUAAAAGCUUUUCAAAUGGUAUACCCCCUAAUCUACCGGUUACAUGUCCUGUAACUCCUCCAUCCAACUCCUCUUCCAACCCCAACUCCAACUCUUCGUCCCCACCAAUACUAAAAUCAUUUGAAUAUAGACAAAGUAAAACAAAUCCAUUUGAAAUGAUGUUUAGUUUGGAAAUCAUUGAUACUAGUGGAUCAGGACUAUCACCUAGACACUCUCCAUUUAUUUAUUUAAUUAGUAAUACUUGGGAAUUAUUUUCAAUCCAGAUUCCUAUCAACAACAAUAAUAGUAAUAAUGUUAAUAAUGAUACAAUUAUAGUUGGAAAUGGUUUAAAAACAAGUGGAUUGAUACAAUUUAAUAAUACUAUUCCAUUUGGAGGACAACAACAAGUAUUAAUGUCAAUUUAUGGAUUGACAGAUAAUAAUUUAAAUACUAGAGGUUAUGACUCUUCAGAGUUGUCAAGUUUAUUUGAUGUCAAUUCAAUGUUGAGUUUACUAGGACCAGCAUCAUCUGAAUCUUUACCAACCAUUUCAAGUAUUACACCAGUUGAUGCUAAAGGUGGUGUCACCACAAUCAAAGGAUUAAAUCUACAAGAUUACUCUAAUCAAACAAACACCAAGAUUUAUCUAAAUUGUAUGGAUUCUACACCUAUUCAACAACCAACUAUACUUGGUCUAUUCAUUAUUGGUGGCAACAACACCAACCAAACAACAAAUGAUGAUGAAGAAAUAAUGGUAAUUGCAAAGAUUGAAUCACCCAUUUCAUCUCAAAGAUGUUUAUGUAAUAUUCAAGUAUUUGAUCAAUUAUCAAAUCCUCUUAUAUUAUCCCCAAUCAAUUUCAUACCUUCAUCUCCUCCUUGUCAACUUGCAAGUCUUUACCCUACCAACAAUUCUUCCUCCUCUUCCUCCAACUCAUCAUCAUUAUAUCCAAUACAAUGUAGUAACCAAGGUAAAUGUGAUAAUGAAAUUGGAUGUAAAUGUAAUGUUGGUACAUUUACAGGUGCGGAUUGUUCAUUCUUGCCAUUGAUUGAAUUCCCACCUAUUGCAUCGAUCAAAUCUCCUUCUGUGGGAUUCAAAACAAACCAAUCACAAGCUGAUAUAUCAAUUAUUGAAUUACGUGAAUUAUCAUUUGAUAAUAACUCAAUCAUUGUAAACUCUUAUCAACUAGACUGGAAAUUAAUUUAUAAUCAAUCCUCUUCAUUAAUUUAUACAUCAGUCCUACCAAAUCAACUAAAAACAACUUUAAAUGUAACUAUUGAUUUCUUGGGUUAUGUGAAGAGCGGCAACAACAACAACAAUCAAUACGGUGGAAAUAAUAUUAAUACUGUAAAGUAUACUAUCAAUAUGACAUCAUAUACAUUUGAUAGUCCUUUAAAUCCAUUACAAUUGAUCAUGUUGGCAUCGAUUGGUAAUGUUAUCAAUGGUAAUGAUCAAGAAGAAAGAGAUGCAUGUCUCACCAAAUUAAUUGGGUACUCUAAUAACAAACAAGUGUAUGAUAUGACAUGGCUACAAAUUGGUGUGAAUGAUCAAGCUUUAUAUUCAAGAUUCAUUCAUAAUGCUACAAUUGAUGGUGACAGACCUGUCAUUGUUUCAAAUACUUUGGUUGAUUUCAAUGUAUCUGCUGGAAGUGAUAAUAAUAACAAGAAAAAGAGUACAUUCAAAAUUGGUAUCACUGUUCCAUAUUAUCGUCAAUCCAUAUCAAUCGAUCCUACAUUUCAAAUGAUUGUUGAUCCAAAUUAUAAUACUCGUCAAAGUAAAGGUGGUAGUAAACGUGGUGAGAAUUCAUUAGACCAAAUUUACAAAUGUUUAAAUAUGACGCAACGAUGGGAGGGUCCUAUUGACGAACCACCACUAUUGUCACAGAAUCUAUUGAUUGGAUUUAUUGUUGCAGUCAUCCUCUUUGGAUUAGUCACUACUACCCUAGUCGUAUUAUUAAUUAAAUAUAAAUAUCAUGUUAAAUUAUUCUUAAUUAAAUCAAAAAUAAUUAAAGAUUAA